AUUUUACUUGAGAAAUGAUAAAAUUUUUGACGGUUUGAGUCUGACACUGUUGCCACAUUAGUUAUCUAAUUAUAAUUUAUAAAAACAAUUAAGACUGUAAUAAUAAUGUAGAUUUAAAUAUGUGGGUUUAACUAAUCACGUUUAUUGAAUUAAUAAUUAAAGUGGGUAGUAUGGGCAUAAAUCGAAUUUCCAUUUGUCAUUUAUAUAUUCAAAGUGGCAACCAGGCAAAUUAUUUUGAUGAAUAGACAUAACCUCAAUUGUUAUUUAGAAAAUUUAUGUUUACCCACCUUUUAGUUUAAAAAUGGAAAACUGUGAAAAAAGUGAGGACGAAAAUGACGAACAUAAAGGCGUUAAAAGAAAAAGAAGUUUUGACCAAGACACUUGUGCAGAGGACCCAGAGCCCCCGUCUAAACCAUCCAUAACCACCGAAGAAAUAAGUGAGCACAGCACAAAAACCACAAGACUGAAGCGGAAACGUAAAUUCUUAUACACAAAGAAUGAUGAAACUGUUCCGAAAAAAAGCCGAAAUUUUUAUUUCAUCAAUACCCAGAUGACUAAACCUCGCAGACCAAAAAUAACACAACCCAAGCUUGUAGAAGGGCAAAAAGUUGAAAUUAGUCAAGGAAAAACACAUAAAUUACAUUUUGCUAAAUGUGAUAGGAAUGGUAAUGUUGUUUUGGUGCACAAAUUACAUCAAAAAUCAGAUUUGUUUUUCAAUGAUGAGAAAAAGUGUAACUAUGAAGCGUCCAAAAGAAUUGAUUUGAGUUUUCAUGUAGUGGAUGAAAUUGCUCUUGAAGGAUUGGACGGAAUCACUCUUGAGGCUUUCUGGAAACGGUUAAAAUAUGUUUUUCCCAAUCACAUUAGCAAAACCAUGGCUGAUCGUAUUUGGAGAUUGAUUUGCAAUAAUAAACAUAUUAAUAUUUUUAUACUUAAAGAACCACGUGAAGAGUUAAUCUUUUUUGAUAGGUGCAAAUAUUUAGGUAUUGAUUCGAGUUUAUUUGUGGAACCAUUUAUAGAAUUUAACGAUAUUUAUCCUUUGGCCUCAGUUAAUGGAACUGAAAUCAGAGGUUCUUGCUCGACUUUUGAUACCAGAAAAGAAAACAACGGUGUUAGGAAGUUUUCAAUGGACAAGGCGAUAAAAUUGUAUGACCAAAAACUGGUUUUUGUUGCUGACCAAGACUUGAGAAAUAAGGCCCUUAUUGAUGAGGAAGCCGAUCCAAAUAUCGAUUUAUUAGACCUUGAGUACUGCAUAUUGGAAAAAAUCGGCCGAUCUCGCGAUCAGGGAGAAAUAACUCAGAGCAAAAUACCCCUCAUCAACGAUAGUAAAAAAGCGUAUCACAAGAGAAAAAUCUUAUUGAAUUAUUCACUAAUUGUACAACAAAAUUUCAACAUGAAAUCUCAGUCUUCAAACCAGAAUAUUUCUGGCGGUUUGGUCCAUUUGAAACGAUUUUAUUCGAGAAGAGAAACAAAACCCAUUGUUCUUAUGAAACGAAUCGCUAACAUACUUAGAAAUCAGCCAAAUUCCCAAAUGGAAUUUGCCGAAUUUAGACAAGUUUUCGGCCGGAAUGUCUCAUUGGUUAAAUUGAUGAAAAGUGCAGAUUUUAAGAGAUUCUUCAAACUUUAUGCGUUUCCUUAUAGGAAAUUCUACCCAAACGCUACAAAGCAUGAGUAUUUGAGCAAAAACAAACAAAAAGAAAGGCAAGUUAGAGUUUUGCGUAUGUUAGACCCCUGUGCCAACGUAACGGCGAUAAUGGACAUGAAGGACACCAAAGAACUACAACAAGAGAAAACAGCGGAAUUAGGGCGACAUAAAUUGAUGAAUUAUGAAUAUUUGCGUGACAUUUUUCUUUAUAUUUUAUCAGCAGGAUACGUUGGAGUGACGAUACAAGAAAUUAAUAAUCACUUUGGGAUGGAUUUUUAUUCAGUAAGAUUAGCAGUAAGAAAACUGCUAUUGAGAAACGUUAUUGACAGCAAUAAGAUUGAUUUGGGGAGGCAGCAGUCGCUGAAAUUUUUCGCGAAAUGUUUCUCCAUUCUUGGCCACCACAUUAACACCCAACCGAAAAACUACGAACUUUCGCUUGAAACACUUUCAAGAGUUUUGGCCGGUUAUGAGAAUAAAACGGUUGUGGAUUCAGAAUCAGAGCCAACCAAAUCCGUCCCAAUUCAGACUCAAUUCAAUCUAAGUUUCGAACCAUUUUGUUGCACCUCCUUUCUGACCGAAAUGGACUCAAAUGCUGAAGACUUGACAAUCUACGACAUUGUUAUCAAAGGCCGGGAUAAACUUCUCCUGAUUGGGAGCAACCUAUUUUCACACUAUAUCAGCGAAUGGGACGAGUUUCUCCUAAAGAAAGACGAUUUUUCCAAAGGCAUCCAGCUUUUCCAAAACGGAUUCGGAAAAGUUAUUUAUGAAUUUUUGGCAAAUGUUAGAACGAUUGACAUUGAAACAGACAAUUGCGUUGUUUUUAGUCUGGAAAAUGUAAAAACAAACACGAAAAUUGAUCGAUUCAAUAACCGGAGGAUAAUUAAAAUUAAGAAAAAUUACAAUAACCCACACAGUAAUAACGUUCACAUGGACACAAUUUCGAAAAUUUAUCUUUUCGAAGCAAUGAGUGUGUCGCACUACACUAAUCAGGUUGUGGAAAAGUUGAGAAACAUUUUUGAGCGAGUUAUGAUCAAUGAGGGUAAAAGAAAACGCAUUAGUGUUAAAUUAGAGCCCACAAUUGAGCUUGAGGAGUCUGGUGAAAUAGUAAUGGAAAAAUUCAUGGGCCCUUCACCUUAUUUGGAAUUUUCCGAAGAGCAGGAGGGCAUCAAGCUUGAGAUUUUCGCCUCGUCGAAGCCAACAUGUAACAAAUCUGGACUCUUCUUUGUCACUGAGGACGAAAACUUGACUCAAAGAUACAUAAACCGAGCUAACAUUCUUUUGCAAAGUAUUUACAACCAGCAAGUUUUCAAAGACGUGCAUUCUUUGUACAAGAUCGUCCUUGAAGAGGAAAAUCUUGAAGGCUACGAUAAGAAAAUUUGCAAGAAAACAAUCAUUUCCAUCAUCGCACGUCUUGUGGACGAAGGCUACAUUAAAGUCUACAAAGCCGUAAUGACGGAAAAACACUUAACAAAAACGCAAUGUUUCGUCUGCAUGCUUGAAACCGACGUCCACCACACACGUAUCAAAUCGACAAUUGAACAAAUGAAACUGAAAUUUUGUCUUGCAAAAACACGAGACAAACCAAUGAAAAUCAAAAAGAAAAUCGAAUCGCCUUUCAAUAUGAUUGAUGUGAAAGAAAGCAUCCAUGAAUUGAAACAAUUGACAAGUGUCAAACUAGAGCCCACUUUUAAAUUUGAUAAAAGAAAAGGCAAAAUCUAUGGGUAUAUGCCGAAAUUCGCCCGAAUGCGGAUCCUACACGAGCAUUUGUUUUACGUAAUUCGCGAAUUAAAUGAAUUUGAAGCGAUUUCGAAUCGACAAGUGUUCGAACUUUGUAAAAAUUUGAGAAUCAAAGUGACCCAAGACGAGAUCAAUGAUUUUCCUGCAAUAUACCGAAAUGAAGUUAGUUGGAAAAUGUUUAUUCCGGCCCUGCCUCAAAACAUGAAUUUCCCUAGAGGGUGGGCUUUAGCUUGUGACAUUAUUCUACGAAUGCCACUUUCAGUUUUUGUCAAAUUGUAUAAUAUCACGUACGAUAUUCCCGGACUUGAGACUUAUCUAAAUCAUCCAAUCAAAAGACACUUUUUAUUGAAACAUCUGCCAGUCGAUAUGCGCUCUAUUCUUUUGCGUAAACGCAAGUAUUUUUAUAGUAUUUAUGAGAAUUUUUGUAACAUGUGUUAUGUGGGAUUAUUACAACUUGGUCCUCGAAAUUUCAAGGAAAAAGAUCAGGUUUUUAUUUAUUUGAAUUCGAGAGCAACACUUUAUGAUACAUGUAGUAGCCAACCGGGUUAUAACAUGAUCGAGGAAAAGCCUUAUCGUGAGAUUUUAUUCGAAUUUAAGACCGAAAGUGACGUUGAAUUGUAUUGGUCGGAAAUGUUGCGCAUUUGUAUGAACACCCAAUUGGGCAAACGCAAAGUUUUGGACGGCCAAUGCGUAACAAUCGAGGAUUGUAGUGCGAAACCAGCGAUGAUUGCAACGCUCCGCCCAAAGGCGUUCCAGGAGGCGGUGCUAGACGACACCGGGGCGGUCCUAGGCGACCGAAGAGGCGCGGCUGGGGUCGACUCCUCCUUGUGGACAUUUGUCAAGCGUAAUUGGGCGUGGAGUCAUCGGAAAAAGAUCCAAUCACAAGUGAUUGGUUUGAAAAAGGAGAUGUUUGAUGCGGUACCGAUUCGGUUUGAUUUGUUCAAAGCUCAAGGCGGGGCUUGUGAGCGGUCCAAUCGCAGUGUUAAAUCGGUUGUAGUUAAGAGACUAAAGAAAAAGAAGGUUGUGAGGAGGAUAGUAGCGAAGAAGAAACGGGUGAGGGAACUCUACGAUGCUGUUGAUAAGUCGAUAAUGAAGAAAAAUGCAUUGAUAAGAGUGGAGUGGGACGAGGAGGAGGACCAAUUGUUGAGAUACAGUCGGGCAGCGGCGGCUUAUUUGUGCCCCGAGUAUAAGAAACAUUUCAUUCCUUAUAAUGUCAUCAGGGACGUACUACAUCGAAUUUGUCCCAAAACACGCAAUAAAACAGCGAAAGCGAUCCAGAGACGGACUUACGUCCUAUUAACUAACGACGAAACCAUCAAAAUCAUGGAAAACAACACUGAGAAUUUCUCAAAUUCGGAAACUAUCAGUAAAUAUUUCGACCAAAUUCGAAAUCGGUACAAAAACGAAAUCAAAAUCACUGACUCACAAAUCUACAUUUGUUACAUCUACCUCAUGUCCUAUAUUUCUAAACAUCGGAAAGAAAUCGAGUUGUUACUUUUGGGCUACUUUGCAACUUUUGAUUUCUUCGCGAAAGCCAACAUUUCGGAAUUUGAGACAAUUUUGCAAAAUUGUGACGCCUCAAACCCGAUUUAUACCGACCCUAAAACCGUUGAAGACGUGACCAAAGACACGAUUAGGUCAGUGGUGCAUUGCUCAAUGGCUUGCAAAAAAAAUUGUGUGGGGUGGACUUUCCACUUGUCGCGAAUUUACAAGAAAUUUCAGGACGAGUUAAUUCGCACAACUGUCGCAACCUUGAAAAAGGAUCAAUUCCUAGUGACAAAUAAGAAUAACGAAGGGAAAAACAUUGACGGGAAUUGGCCCACGCCACUCAAGUUUUCUCACGUUUAUAAUCUAAUGAAAAGUUCGAUUUAUACGAAUGAAAUGUUUCAAGAGGCGUUUAGGGUGUUUUUGGCCAAAAUAGAAGGGGAUUUAGAGGCGGCGAAUUUCAUGGUUUGUAACGAAUUGAACACUUAUUGGGAACAGAUUCGGUUUAUUUUUGAAAUCCCGGAAAUGGGGAUUAUCCUAAACCCGGAAAUUGAGGAUCACAGUGAAGUUAUCGAUGAAUUGGCGAAACGUUUCCACCUUUACUUGGAUAAAAUAUACGAGAAAAAAAACGCAGGGCGAAAUUUUGAGGUCACGAGGGAAAGUGUCAACGAAGUUGAGGAUUGCGAGAAAAUUAAAAAUAAAGUCAGACAAUUGAUUUUCCGAGUGCCCUACUUGCUUGAGGGCGAACUUGAAAUGUAUUUCAAAAAAAUGCUAGACAGUAAUAGUAAUUUGGAAAUCAAUAAUUACAUUUAUUUAAUGAUUGUCAAUUUGAAAAAAUUCACAGAAGGGAGGAACACCACUGACGAUUUGCGCAAUUUUGUUGCAAAUAUCGAGGAGGAAAGUGAGGAGAAACUGUUGAAAAACCUUUCGAAAGUUGUCUUUGUUAUUCAAACUAUACACCAACAACAAGUUGAAACUAAUUUGGGGUCAUUCGAGGCUUGGGAAAGUGACAUUUGGGACGAAGUUAGGAGCAAAAAUGAUGAGUCGAAUAGUUUGAUAAAAUCACCGAAAAACUACGCCAGUGGGAUGGAAGUGUGUAUUAAAAGGGCCCAAGCGGGUGAUUUUCCCUCAAUUGAUGAAAUUAAAGAAGGGAUGAUGGUGGAAAUUGACGGUGAAAAUCGGAAAAUUCCACAUAUUACCGAUUUAAUUAUGUUACUAAAUGAGGGCCGUUUUCCCGAAUUGGACACUGAUAAUGACAUUGAAAAAAUGAAGGAGCAUUUUGUUAUGCAAUACCCGAAAUUGGACCAAUUCGUAAUUGAAGAUUUGGAGAAAAUGAAACAACAUGAGGUGACACUAAAAAUUACGAAUUGUACGAAAAUUGAGACUAUUACCAAGAUGACUGAAAAUGUUAUAAAGCCACCCCAAAUGGACUUACUUAUAAAAUACUUGAUCGAUGUAAAUGGUAGUGAAGACGAUAUCAAAAUUGUUGAAAAUUUGAUUGAUUUUGUCAAAGAGAAAAAGGAAUUAGGUGUCUCGGGACCAGAACUGAAACAAAAUUUUCUAAAUAAAAUUGAACUGAAUUUAGCCCAACUUAUGGAUUACUUGAAUGAAAUCGGUGUGAUUCUCCGAGCAGGUGUAGCGUCGAUUAUUUAUGUCCAUUAUGAGUACCAAUCAGAGUGGUUGACUGAAACUUUUAUGUUAUCACCUGAAGAAAAACAAAUUUAUGAAUCUACUCAUUUCAUUUCCAGUUCGCUUGAGUCAAGAAAAGUACAAUUAAAACCUUGGACUAAGCUUGAUGGGUCUUUAAACGAUGAUCUUUUUCACGAAUGGCUGUGUUUGAUUCUUUCACGUUGUAUUGAUUUACCCAACAUUCCCUUUAGGGUUUUGUGUGAAUAUUUUCAUUACAUUAAACCAGUAGAUAUUUUUUCGUUACUAGAAGUAUUACAAGAACUUGCUUGUGUUAAAAUAUAUUUUUUUGAUACAGGAAAUCAUAAUCUUUGUUCUACAAGAUGUGUAGUGCAAGAGCGUGAAGCUACAAGUCUGGAUAGUUUUGACGAAAUGUUUAUAAAGCCUACAAACGUUUCUGGGUUAUGUUUUGGUUCGUUUUUGGAUAAGCUACAAUUGCAUGACAACUGAUAGAUUUUUAAUAAAAUAUUAUUGAAAAAAGGU